UCUUGUACAAUUCUACACGCCUUCUUGAGCUCUCUAGCUCCAAAAUCAAACCACACAUCACUCAUGGCGGUUCCCAACUCCAGCAGCGACUCCCUUGCCAUGGAGAGAACCGGGAACUGGGUUUUCUCUCAAGAUAUCCCAACAGAUGUUGUUGUUGAAAUUGGAGAAGCAAAUUUUUCUCUUCACAAGUUUAUGCUUGUGGCGAAGAGCAACUACAUCAGAAAGCUGAUUAUGGAGUCUGAAGAAAGUGACCUUACCAGAAUCGAUCUUUCUGAUGUACCUGGAGGGCUUGAGAUCUUCGAGAACGCUGCCAAGUUCUGUUACGGCGUCAACUUUGAGAUCAACGUUCACAACGUCGCCGCCCUGCGUUGCGCCGCCGAGUACCUCCAGAUGAAUGAUACUUACUGCAACAACAAUCUCGCCAGCCGUACGGAAGAGUUCAUCUCCCGGGUCGCCUUAAACAGCCUCUCCCGCGCCGUUCUCGUCCUCAAAUCUUGUCAGCAGCUACUUCCAUGUGCUGAUGAACUCGGUAUCGUCAAACAGUGCGUUGAAGCUGUUGGUUCCAAGGCUUGCAACGAAGCUAACUUUCCAAGCCGUUCGCCGCCGAACUGGUGGACAGAAGAGCUUACCAUCCUCGACGUCGAUUUCUUCGGCAAAGUGAUCGCCGCCAUGAAGAAUCGCGGCGCGAAGGCCUUGACUCUAGCCAGUGCGUUGAUUACCUACACUGAGCGUGCGCUCCGGGAGUUAGUCCGAGAUCACUCCGGUGACGGCGUCAAGGCAGCGAAUGUCGCCGAUUCCAAUUCCCUCACCGAAAAACGCGAACUUCUCCAAUCCAUUGUCUCUCUCUUCCCCUCGGAGAAAGCAGCCUUCCCAAUCAACUUCCUCUGUUGCCUCCUCCGGUGCGCGAUCUUCCUGAGAGCCUCGAGCAGCUGCAUAAAGGAGCUCGAGAAGCGGAUCUCGGACAUACUCGAGCACGUGACGGUGGACGACCUCCUGGUACUAUCGUUCACCUACGACGGCGAGAGGCUCCUCGAUUUGGACAGCGUGAGAAGAAUCAUCUCAGGUUUCGUCGACAAGGAGAAAAGCACAGCGGUUUUCAACACCGGCGAAUUGAAGGAAACUUCAGCCGCAACUCAGCGCGUCGCCAAGACAGUCGACACCUACCUCGGCGAGAUCGCAGCCUAUACAGAGCUCACCAUCUCCAAGUUCAACAGCAUUGCCGUUCUCAUCCCUAAAAGCGCAAGAAAAGUCGACGACGACCUCUAUCGCGCCGUAGAUAUCUACCUCAAGGCACAUCCGAAUCUGGAUGAAAUAGAGAGAGAAAAGGCGUGCAGCGUGAUGGACCCUCUGAAACUAUCAUACGAAGCGCGUGUGCACGCGUCGCAGAACAAGAGGCUGCCUGUACAGAUCGUGCUACACGCGCUGUACUACGAUCAGCUGAAGCUGAGGAGCGGGGCGGAGGACAAGGAGGCGCACGAGGCGAAGAAUCAGCAGUUGCAGACGGACGUGACGUUGGUGAGAGAGAACGAACAGUUGAGGACGGAGCUGACGAAGAUGAAGAUGUACAUAUCGGACUUGCAGAAGAACGUUCAGGGAGGGACAUCAUCUGGUACGGGAGGCCUCACGACAACGAAGAAGCCCACGUUCUUCUCGGCUAUGUCAAAGAAGUUGGGGAAGCUUAACCCCUUCAAACAUGGGUCGAAGGAUACGUUGCACUUGGAGGAUGGGCCUGGGCCUGUGGAUGUGACGAGGCCCAGAAGAAGAAGAUUUUCUAUCUCCUAAUUUUUUUAAAAAAAAUGUUUUCUGUGAUCUGCACGCUUGGAUUAUAAUAUAAUUAUUAAUUAAUUAAUAAGAAGAAGAUAACAGUUAUUUAAAUUUCUGGUGAUGGUGAGGGCUUUUGAAGUGAUUAUUAUUGUAUAAGACAUAAAUAGAAGCAGUUGUUGUAUAUAGUCUUUUUAUAUAUUGGAAAGGGUAUUCAUUCCUCUUGUUUGUUA